AUGCACCAGAAUAGUAACGUGAUACUCGAUAGGCUGGGUGUUCUCGAAAAAGUGUUGAAUGACGCAAAAAGGAGAAAAAUUGCCUCCGAAAGAGAAAAAGAAAAGGAAUUAAGCGUGGCUUAUCGUAAUGAUGGUGCUAACAGACCAGCUUUCAAGUUUAGCUUGGAUUCUUACAGUAGCCGUUUCGCUGUUUUACAUUUCAGGUUCACUAAGGCUGAAAUCUAUUAUUUGUUGGAUAUAUUGAAAAUUGAUUCAGGUUUUGUAAAAGAGUUCAAAGUUAGGACCUCGCCCUUAAAUGCCUUGCUAUGCCUUCUAUCGCGUUUUGCUGUACCUUACAGACUUGCUGAUAUUUCGGUGCUACUUGGUCUUUCGCCUGAAGUUAUAUGCUCAUCAGUCAUCAAAUUAUGCAAUUACAUUUAUCGCAAGUACUGGUACUUGUUAAAGAUUGGGUGUUACACAAUGCCGAAAAGCAGAAUUGAUGACUUGCAGAGCUUGUCUGGCCAAAAUUACCAUCCUACUUUGAUUGGUUUCAUCGACGCUACAACGGUGGACAUUUGUGAACCCAACGAAAAUGACUAG